AUGGCACAACCAACCACAAAGUCCCUCCACACCUCCCUCGACAAGCUCCAAAUCUCCACCCCCAAGCCCGCCACCACCAAAAAAUCCGAGCCCGCCGACUCUUGGGAAGACGAGGCCGAAGCCACCACUCCAUCCAGCGAAGACGACACCACACCAAUUGGCAGCCCCAACAACGCAGGCCUCGAAGCACCCCCACCAACCCCCUCCUCUCCCAGCCAAAUCCCCACCCAAUACGCCCCCACCAACUCCCCCAUCUACCGCCCAGGCGGCGAUCCCCUCUCCAUGGUCCCUGCCGAGCUGGCGCCGAGGAAGACCAGUCCCAACACCGAGGACAAGCGCCCCGAGAAGUCCACGGCGGUGGCUUCGCGGUUGAUCGCAGCGGGGAUCGGACAGAAGGCGCCGAAGCGGACGAAGGAGCAGCGGGAGUAUGAGCAGGCGAUGAAGGUGCAGGAGAAGAAGAGGCGGGAUGCGGUAAAGGCGGAGGAGGAGCGGAAGAGGGUGGAGAGGGAGAGGGCGGUGAGGGAUGUUUGGGGGGAUUGA